AUGACGAGGAAACCAAAUAUUGAUGAUGGGGUUAUGAUGGUACAACAGAAGCCGGUGUGCCAGAAACUGAGGUUGUCAGUGGCUGAGAAGAGAGGCUGGCAACAACCAGGUCACUCUGUGGUAUCCCUGGCUAACAAGUGUAUUUUCCCCAAGGUAUUUUGGACCUUUGGUAUGAAGAACUCUUUAGUGAUGGAGGUGAUUGAUGCAAGAAAGAUGAAGACAGAGAAAGAUAGGGCUUGGGGCCUUAGCAAAAACAUUGGGCUUCCCCUGAAUAUGCUUGAAAAACACAGCCCUUGGCCAGCCUAUGUCACCUAUAUGUCUCCAAUGGUGAAAAGACUCAUUGAGAAAAGCAAAGCUAGAGACCUGGAAUGCAAGCAAGCACUUGAGGAAAGCCAACGGACAUCCAGGCAGAGCAAGCCUUCCAGCAUCACACACCUGAAAAGGAGAAAGUCAUCUAAGUCCUCUGGAAAUGUGGUGUUGAAGGACACGAGGUCAGAAGCCAUGUUAUCGAUGUGGAGCUCGUACUCUGUACCGACUGUGGGUCCUACUGUUAUCCCGGAGCCAAUGCGCCUUCAUACGGAUUCCAGAGAAAAUCCCACUGCAAACUAUAAUAAGAUCAUCUUCCCUCGAAAACCUAUGAUGAGGAUGCUUCCGUACAGCUCCCUUCUAGCCAGCAAGGAAAAACAUUCAAAUAUUUAGCAGGGAGUCCCUGCUGUCAUCCCCCCAAGAUUGUACAGCAAUUAAGCUCCAUUUGCCACAAAUUUCACUAUGUCCUUUAAAUGUGAACUUAUCUCUGCUUGUGCACAAGUUGGCUGAG